AUGAUGAGUAACAGAUUGCUGGACAUGGUUGCAAGUAUUCAUGUUAUCAGCGUUAUCCAGCGUUCAGAUUCAUCAGGGAGACGUCUAUUACACUUCUGGUCUGUCACGCCUAUCCUGUUCCUACGUGUACUUAGAUGGACGCAAUUCGCUAAUUCUCGCCAAGAUGCAGAAUCCCCUCAAAGCAAAGUUAAAGCCUGCCGAGAUGCGUUGUUUCUUGCAGACCCAAUCGUCGAUCGGGAAAUUCUCAAAAGCACAAAAGGCCAAAGGACUGCCGGCACCUGUGAAUGGAUCAGAGACAAUGAAGCCUACCGAUCUUGGCUGAAUGGUGGCUCCCAAUGUCUCUGGAUUUCUGGUGGCCCUGGCAAGGGGAAAACAAUGCUUUCUAUCUUUCUAACCGAAGAACUCGAAAGACGCACCCAAGAAACCGAGACCGCAGAGCUGCUUUUGUUCUACUUUUGUACUGCAGACGAGAAACAUAACAACGCCGUGGCUAUUCUUAGGGGUUUGGCGUAUCAGCUGGUCAGCAAGCGCCCAAGCUUGGCCAACCAUGUCUUGUCAGACUUUGAAAGUCCCAAGAAAACCGAAGAAACGCUAAAGUCUCCAAGUGCUCUCUGGAUCACAUUGGAAAAACUCCUACAAGCUCCCAACCUUGGCACGGUCUUCUGUAUCCUCGACGGACUUGAUGAAUGCGAUAACGAUUCAUCAACACUGCUAAUUGGCAAAUUUUAUGAAUACUUUUCGGAGAGUUCAAACAUAAGUGGUGGGCAGUUCAAAUUAGCCAUUAUUAGUCGGAAGAUUGAUAGGCUGGAUGCAUUUCCUCAGAUAAAACUGGAUCCUGACAAUGACGAACAUGUCAAAGGCGACAUUCGACAUUACAUCGCCAGCAGCGUCCAAAGACUAGAAUGGAUACAAGGCUUCAAUGAUAUUCGCGAGAGUCUCGAGGCCAUCCUUCUAAAUCGAUCCCAAGGCACAUUCCUAUGGGUCGGCUUCGUUAUGGAAGAGCUAUCGAAAAAAAGGACCUGUACCGAAAUCAUGGAAGCUUUAGACGGUAUUCCUCGAGGGCUGCAUGCAAUUUAUGGCCGAAUGUUGAUGCAGAUUGAAGCUAGUCGGCGACCCAUCAUCAUCGACAUCUUACGAUGGGUUACUCUGGCCGUCCGGCCUCUGACAUUACAUGAAUUGAUGGCAGUCAUCCAUAUCCCGUCUACUGGGAAAACGAGUAAUGAUCAGGCCAUUCUAGAUUAUAUCACUCUAUGCGGGCAUAUUCUCACAGUUCAUAACCAGCAAGUCAGCCUGAUCCACCAAUCAGCGAGGGACUACUUAUUGCAAAAGAGCGCUGACGGCGACCCAAUACUUGAGGAGUUUCAGAUUACAGCGGAAGAAACGCAUGCUAGACUCGCAGAAAUGUGUCUUGACUGUCUCGAGAAGAGCGAUUUACGCUAUACAUCUCUAGAUACAAAGGAUGUCUUAGUUCUACAGAAGUCUCCUCUAUUACACUACGCCGUACAGCACUGGCCAGAACAUGCAAGGCGGUGUUCAGAUGCGGAUAAGCUACAGAGCAACGGGAAAAUUCUUUGAUUUUCUCCACUUGGACAUCCUCGAUCCAGCUUUAUUACACAUUGCCUCUCACUUCGGGAUCCGUAUAUUGGUUCGGAAGCUGCUUACGAAGAAUGCUUGGUACAACUGGUUUUCAAGUUUUAUCCUCGGAAAACCUCUCGCCGUAAAUCAAUUGAAGGGUCCAGAUGGCAGCACAGCCCUAAGCAUAGCUGCCAGUGAAGGCCAUUUAACAACUGUGCAGCUACUGAUUUCAAAAGGCGCUGAUGUUAAAGAUAUUGGUGCGCUGAGAGAGGCUAUCCACGGAAGCCACAGCCCAGCUAUUGUGGAGCUACUGCUUGCAAAUGGCGCUGAUGAUGAAAAUGACGAGGCGCUGAAAUGGGCUGCUGGCAGAGGCCAUAAGGCUAUUGUGCAGCUUCUAAUUGCAAAGGGCGCUGAUAAUGGCGAGGCGCUGGAGUGGGCUGCUGACGGAGGCCAUAUAGCUAUUGUGCAGCUUCUAAUUGCAAAAGGCGCCAAUGUCAAAAAUACAGGUAAUAGUG